AUGUGGGUUCUACCACUUUUGGGAUAUUUCGGGGUGGUUGUCGGGUUUGCAUUUCUCACCUUGGCCAUUGCUUCGGGACUCUACUAUCUGUCCGAACUUGUGGAAGAACACACGGUUUUCGCCCGCCGGCUUUUGACCCGUCUGAUCUACGGCAUCGUCGCGGUUCAAGUCCUGCUUAUGAUAAUUGACCGGUUCCCCGUGGGAUUGUCGGUACUGAGCAUUGCGUCGCAUCUGGUUUACGCUAGCAAUCUGCGCCGGUUCCCUGUCGUCAAACUAUCGGACCCUCUCUUCAUCCUUUCCUGCAUUCUAGUCGGUCUUAACCAUUGGCUAUGGUUCCGCCAUUUCUCGAAGCCUUUGCCUCCAUCGAACAACUGGCGCCAACCGUAUGGGGUCAAUUAUGAGGAUAUGCCCUCUUUCACGGAGGUGGCUUCGUACUUUGGACUUUGCGUUUGGCUAGUUCCGUUCGCUCUGUUUGUUAGCCUGAGUGCGGGGGAGAAUGUCCUCCCCAGCAUGGGCUCCGAGCAUGUCACCGGGGACCGCCCUGCUGGCCUGGGCCCCGUUGAUGGCAAGUCCAAGAACAAGGGAAUGGCCAAGGCCUUGGUGGAUGGUGUCCGAGAUUGGACCAGAGAGACCGGUGAACUCAUGGGGUUCUGGAGAGGAGAAAACACGAGACGAUUCUGA